AUGUUUGCUACAGCUUCCACAGCUACCUUGGGGCAUUUCCCUCAUCAUCAUUCCUAUCAUCCACAUUAUUUCCAUCAGCAGCAACCGCAGCAACAACCGCAACAGCAGACAUUGCAGCAACAGCAGCCACGACAGCAGUCCUCUUUAUUAUUCACACCACCUUCUACACCCUCCACGAUCAAGAGGUUGAAUGAUUCGGAUACAAGUCAGCUUGCAGAUUUUGCAGCCAUGAUGGUUUAUUUAAUGUGGCAUACACGAAAGAUGAUUCGAUCAGCAGAUACCCCCCACAGUUCUGCUUCCUCUUCGCCUGUCUAUGGGAAUACUUCUUGGAUGUGGCAAAAGACCAAAAAACCCUCUUCCACCACUAGCCCUCACAGUCAUGUUCAUCCUGGGCCAUUCCUGCAUCCUUCUGCGUAUUAUUACUAUAAUAAUGCCAGCCCUGCAUUCAAGAAAUUCUGUUAUCAGGUGCUGACAUCGACACAGUUGAAAGAAUCCGCAGUCUAUUUAUCUCUAAAGUACAUUGCUAUUUUACUCAAAUCCAAUCCGUCGAUUGAAGGAGCAGAAGGAUCUGAAUAUCGCCUGUUUAUUGUUGCUUUGAUGCUAGCCAAUAAAUUUCUGGAUGACAACACAUUUACCAACAAGACGUGGAGUGAUGUGAGUGGGAUGAAAGUACACGAUUUGAAUGUGAUGGAAGCAGAGUUUCUGGAGGCCUUGGAUUUCAAUUUGUUUGUACGUGAUUAUGACUAUCGUAUUUGGAAACAUCUGUUGGAAGAAUGUCGACAUCGUGCACAGCUUUAUCAGUAUUAUCAGCAGCACAGCAGUAGUCAACGACAGCAGCAGUUGAUUCUAGAUAUUUUACAGAUAUUAGGAUUGAUGGACGUGUCGUCCCAGAACAGCAAGACAAGUCCGUAUGACCUUUGGGUAGAUCACUCUUUGUUUUCUUAUGAGCAACAGCAACAGCAACAACGUGCCACCUCUUCUUCCAGUAGUGAGGAUCCUUAUCCACAACCCAUACAGUCCUUCAAUGACAACGCUUCACCUUCUCGUGCUACCCCUGCUACAAACAGUGAUCGUUUGUUUAAUGAUGAAUUCUGGGAUGAUGAUACUGCCUUCAGAUUACAGUUGGAGAAUUCCCGAAAGAGAUAUCUGCAGUUUUUCUCUCAGUCCAAAGCGACAGCCAAUCAUCAGUCUACUUUAUUACCACCACCUGCAUUGUAUCAUCUCAUGCAACACCAACAACAACAACAUUGUUCACACUACAAUAAUAGCAAUAACAGCAAUCGUAGUGAAAAGACAGCGAAUCAGCUCCCUCCAUGUGGACUCUAUUCGAAUCAUGAUUCGUAUCUUGGCCGACAAAGAGGCUACUACAACUUUUUUUACGGCAGUCAGUCCACAGCAGCAGCAGCAGCAGCAGCAGCAGCAGCCACUUCCAAAGACACUUUCACUAAUCUUUCCCAGUCAUCAUGGGAUCCUUUGGCUUAUACUUUAAACCGAUGUCAUCCUCAACAACAAGAAGAAAACCUGUCCUUUUAUUCCAAUAAAGCUUUUACGGCGACUACGGCAACGACGGGUGCCACUUCUGCAAGGCCCAUGAGUUGGGCCAAUUAUUAA